AUGGAGAAUCUGAGCUUUCACGAUGGUAACAUCUUCAAUCUCCUCCACUCAAGGUCCAAGGAGCCAAGUCAUGACGUUGAUCAGAGAAUGCAAAUUCACUCCUCCUUGGUUCGGAGACUUUCUCAGGAGCAGGAAUUGGAGGGUCAUCAAGGCUGUGUUAAUGCUCUGUCUUGGAACUCUAAUGGUUCACUCUUGAUAUCUGGAUCAGAUGAUCUAAGGCUUAAUGUUUGGAAUUACUCUAGUCGGAAGCUUUUGCAUUCUGUAGAUACAGGGCAUACUGCAAACAUAUUCUGUACAAAGUUUGUCCCUGAAACCUCUGACGAGCUCGUGGUAUCUGGUGCUGGAGAUGCUGAAGUAAGACUAUUCAAUCUGACCGGGGUAAGCAGUAGAGCAGAUGAUGAAAAUGCUGUUGCACCAUCGGCACUGUACCAAUGUCACACGCGGAGAGUGAAAAAACUAGCUGUUGAACCUGGUAAUCCCAAUGUUGUGUGGAGUGCUAGUGAAGAUGGGACUCUACGGCAGCAUGAUUUCCGGGAAUCUACCUCUUGUCCUCCUGCUGGGUCUGCUCACCAAGAAUGCCGCAGUGUUCUCCUUGACCUACGGAGUGGCGCCAAAAGAGCACUAGCUGAUCCUCCCAAGCAAACUCUCUCCUUGAAGUCUUGUGAUAUAAGUGCCACAAGACCACACCUACUUCUCGUUGGUGGAAGCGAUGCAUUUGCUCGUUUGUACGAUAGAAGGAUGCUACCGCCGUUGACAUCAUGUCGAAAAAGGAUGCCUCCACCUCCAUGUGUCAACUAUUUCUGUCCCAUGCAUCUUUCUGAACGUGGGCGAACGAAUUUGCACCUAACUCAUGUUACUUUCAGUCCUAAUGGCGAAGAAGUUUUGCUCAGUUACAGUGGGGAGCAUGUGUACCUGAUGAAUGUAAAUAAUGGCACUGGAACCGUGCAAUACACACCAGGAGAUGUAGCUAACUUGUUUUCUUUCAGUAACAUCCUCCACGACGUAGAAUCUCCACCUAAGGUUUCCAUCACACCUCGAAAUGGCUAUUACAAAAAUAGCAACGCUGCAACGGUAAAGAAGUGCACCGAAUUGGUAGAAAUUGCUAAAAGGUCUUUAGAAGAGGGUACAGAUGUUUUCUAUGCAAUCGAGGCAGCUAAUGAAGUUCUGGAUGCGCAUUCUAAUGAUAUAGAGUCUGCGCUAAGGCAUGAAUGCCUUUGUACUCGUGCUGCAUUGUUGCUCAAGAGGAAGUGGAAGAAUGAUGCUCAUAUGGCGGUAAGAGAUUGCCAAAAUGCUCGAAGAAUUGAUGCUUCAUCUUUUAAAGCUCAUGUUUACAUGUCUGAAGCUUUGCAGCAAUUGGGAAGAUGUAAAGAAGCACUCGAUUUUGCGACUGCUGCACAAAAAUUGAAGCCAUCAGAUCCCGAUAUAGUGGCAAAGGUGGAGAGUAUUAAAUGGGAUCUUCAAGCAGCUGGAGCUGAAAAAAAUGAAGAACAAGGAGGUGGAACCGCUAGAGUACUUUCGUUGAGCGACAUACUAUAUAGAUCAGAGGCCAACAGUGACAGUUCACAUGAUAUGUCGAGAUCCGAAAGAGAAGAUUCUGAUUAUGAUGAGGAACUGGAAGUUGAUAUCCAAACUUCCAUGUCAGAUGACGAAGGAAGAGAUCCAGACUCAAAUGCUGUGCGUGGCAGUCUAAAUCUACGAAUUCAUAGAGUAAAUGAUGAUGAUAAGCCCGUGGAAAAUACCUGUGAUAAUGCCUCCUCAGGAACUGCAUCGUCAUCUCAAAAUGAUAGAACCUCUUAUCAGCCAGAGGGAGCCAUAGAUAUGAAGCGUAGAUAUGUAGGCCACUGCAACGUUGGAACUGAUAUUAAGCAAGCCAGUUUUCUCGGUCAGAGAGGUGAAUAUAUUGCGAGUGGAAGCGAUGAUGGUAAGUGGUUUAUAUGGGAGAAACAAACAGGAAGGCUUAUGAAAGUGCUUGUUGGCGAUGAAGCAGUUGUGAACUGCAUUCAGUGUCAUCCGUUUGAUAGCGUUGUAGCAACGAGUGGAAUCGAUAAUACAAUAAAGAUGUGGAGCCCAAUCGCAUCAGUCCCAUCGAUUGUUGCGGGUGGAUCAGCUGGACCUGCAACCUCCAAUGUAGUGGAAGCAAUGGAGAGUAAUCAACAGAAGCUAAGCCGCAACAGAGAGAACCCUCUGUCUGUGGAGCUUCUGCAGAGGUUUAGGAUGCAAGAGUUUGCGGAAGGAAACUUUCACCCAUUUGAAUGUACUCAGAGCUAA